ACACCUCGUUCAUUCUGCUGCUCCAUGGGACAGACAUGCACUACGGAGCGCACACGGGCGGCUGAGGUGAAGCUCGCCGAUAUGCACGCCGAUAACCAUGGAAAUGACACCGACCACGUGCUGUAACAUUUAAACUCGUCCGCAUCCGAAGUUGAGUGAAAACAGGAGCUCCGCCGCGCACCGGGGCGACUCGUUCAGGAGCGCAGCUGAGAGUCCGUCUGUGUUUGCAGCCUGCGCUCAGCGGCUGGACGCGCACGCUGGAAAAUGAGGUUGGGAAGCAUUAUUGUACUCGUCGCUCUGUGUUCUUUUACCGCGUAUUACAUUUACGAGCCAAUUCCAGAGGAGAUAGAGGAGAGAUGGAAACUCAUGCUGACCAAUUCUUUCUUCAGAACCGUCAGUCACCUGGCAGACCUUAGUGAAUUCCUGGGGCUAAAGGACUAUAUGGGGGUGAUGUACAUUAUUACCGUGGUAGAAAAGAUUGCACCUGUUUCUGACGAGCAUGUUAAGGUGACAGAAGAAAAGUUUGAUGGAGUGGAGGUGGUGCUGUACCAGCCGAAGCUGCAGGAGGGCAACAACGAUCUCAGGAGAGCUGUCAUAUAUCUGCAUGGUGGAGGAUGGUGUCUGGGCAGCUCCCGAAUGAGUCCUUAUGAUCUCUUGGCCAGGAAAAUGGUCACUGAGCUCGAUGCGGUGGUCCUGUCAGUUGAAUAUCGACUCGCCCCUGCACACCACUUCCCAGUCCCGUAUGAGGACGUGCAUCGUGUGGUCAAACACUUCUUCCAGAAGAGGGUGCUGGCCCAGUACUCUGUGGACCCAGGGCGCGUUGCGGUGUCUGGGGAUAGUGCUGGAGGGAAUCUUGCAGCUGCAGUCUCCCAGCAGUUACAAAAAGAGCCUGGACAGCCGGUGACGUUCAAGGCUCAGGCACUCAUUUAUCCCGUGCUGCAGGCCCUGGACCUCAACACGCCUUCCUAUCAGCAGAAUCAGGACAUGCCCCUCUUGCCCCGCACGCUCAUGGUGCGAUUCUGGAGCGAGUACUUCACUACUGACAAGGCUCUUUUCAGAGCCAUGAUGGCCAACACGCACAACAGUCCCGAAUCCUCCACCUUGCUGAAGUUCGUCAACUGGAGCGCAUUUUUGCCAGAAACUUUUCAUAGUAAAUACAACUACAGCGCCCCCGUUGUGGCGCAUGGUACCAGAGGGGACGCCGGUGGAAUGGGCGAACCAUCUCAAUCUUUCGCUGACCCGAGGGCGUCGCCCUUGCUGGUUCCAGAUGCAGACUUACGUUCUCUACCCAAGGCCUACAUUCUGACAUGUGAGUAUGACGUUCUCAGAGAUGACGGAAUCAUGUAUGCCACACGGCUCCGCGCCGCCGGCGUUGAGGUGACGCACGAACACUACGACACCGGAUUUCACGGAGCAGUCAUGUUCACCGUGUGGCCAACUGACUUCCUGAUUGCACGUCGCAUGACAAACAACUAUGUCAAAUGGCUCAAGGAGAAUCUGUGAAAACUCUUGACUGUGAGAGGUUAUUCCAGUUUUUCACACAAUGCACUGUAUUGCAGUUGUGCGCAAGUUUUGCCCAUGUGGUUUUGAACCGUUUGUGGUGUCCUGAAUUAUGCUUUUUGUGUACAGAAACUAUACAAUCGUCAUCUCUUUUUCCAGUCAUCUAUUUAAUCACAUUUACGAGGGAGAAAAAUGUAUUUUUUGAACGGACGGUUGAAAAGUAUUUUUAUUCUCCGAUCUCGUCAGUUCAAAAUAGUACAUAUGUCAUUAUCAGAGUAUUGUUCUGAUUAAGGAAAGCAGUUCAUUUAAAAAUCAGACCGUGGACAAUCACAGAAGUUGCAAGGACAGAUUUUUAGUGGGAUAGCUUGGCCCAUAUGAUAGUCCUUUUAUUGUUUCUCACCACAGGACCUGCAAUUUGAUCUAAUGUCUAUUAUACCAAUAUUGUUACUAGUAGUUAGUCAUGCAGACCGCUGGAUGCAGAACUAUUCCCUUUGGGAUGUAAGAAAAAAAUAUUUUGAGUUUUAGCAAAGCAGGAAAGGUUUUUUGUGAUAGGUUUUUUGGCCAAAGUUAACAUUUAUCACAGAGUGCAGCUCACUCUGAAACCUAAGAUUGUUUUGAUCUGUUGGAAAACCUUAAUUCACUCAUGUUUUUUGUUCCCAUAUCAAAGAUCGGCAAGUGAUAGUGUGUUAAAAACAACAACACAGAAUUUCACUUGGAAUGAAAUAACCUCUUGAAAAAAAAAUCUGUACAAAUGGCAAACCUGAAGAUAACUUCAAAGUCAUAUUAUUUUUAAUCACUUUAGUCAUCUUCAAAAAGGCAUGCCCUCACCUCAACAUAGCAUGAGACUUCUUUGAUGUCUAACUAAAAAACAAAAGUGAAUUUUGACAGUCAACAUUCCACACAGAAUACUGAUGACAAACAAACUUUCCUCACCAAACCUCAUUUUGAAAUUGAUCUUAGCUAAGUGUGAUGUAGCAAUAUAGCAAAAAAAAAAACGAGGGACAUUUUUUCACGAGGGAAUUUGAUAAAAGUAUGUGAACCCCCUGGAAUAAAUUGAUUUUCUGUAUCAGUUCACCAUAAAAUGUGAAUUGAACUUCAUCAAAGUCACAGUAACAAAAAACAAAAGUAAAACAAUACAAUCUCCUUAAGCUGAUAGCACAAUUAUCAUUUUUUUGUGUUUUUAUUUGAUUUAUCCAUAACACUUUUAUGCCAAGAGGAAAAAGUAAGUGAACCCAUCAGAAAAUUACUUAAACAAAAACUAAUUGAAAUCAGUAGUUUGCACAUUUAUAGACCUUUGGACAAAAUGAGUUUGAAAUGUUACGUGGAGCUACUGUGACGAAAGACACUCGCUUGCUAUUUAUAGGAAGUUUCUUCUGACGUGAACCAUGCCUUACAAAAAGACACAUGAUCAACAGUACUUAAUCUGUGUAAGCCCGAGAAGGGAUACAAAGUCAUCUCAAUUGUGUUUCGACAUCCAUCAGCCCAAAGUUAAACAGAUUGUCUGUAAACAAAUAUAAUUUAGCACUGUUGGCUGCUCUUUGUAGAAGUCCUGGCCUCCAGCCAAGAUGACUACAAAGGCACAAUACAAAGUCCUCACUGAAGUAAAGCAGAACACAGGAGUUACAGCCAGGGGUCAAAGGGUCAAAGGGUCAAAGUGACGCUACCAAAUGCAAGUCAUUGAACAGGCAGGGUAUUCCUGACAGAACAUUAUGAGGAAGCUGUUAAAAAAAACAACCAACAAGCAUUUAGCUUAAUAUCUAAAGGCACCUGAAAUGCUACUUGGGGGAAUGUUUAGGGGACUGAUAAAACAAAAGGUCUAUUUUUCUGGGAGAACUCUGUACAGUAUGUUUGGUGUAAGAAAGGUGCUGCUUACCAGCAUAAAAACGUGUUAUGGUGGAAGAAGCACAAUAAUUUGGAAUUGCUUUACUGCCUUAAGACCUGGACCACGUGCCAUCAUGGGGGGACAAUGUGAAUCCCCACAUCUAUCAAAAUAUCUGUCAGGAUUGUAUCAGCGUGUUGGUCAAUAUUAUGAAGUUUGGCAGAAGUUCAUGCAGCAGGACAAUGAUCCUAAGCAAAACCACCAUGGAACAGGUUCAGAAAAAGAAAACCCACCUUUUUGAGAGGUCCAGCCCAGACCUUAGACUCAUGACAUGCUAUGAAAUGACCUCAAGAAACUCCUUUCCACUAGAUACCCUAGAAAUGUAUCUGAGCAUAACAGGUGUGUAAAGGAAUGGUCAAAGAUUCCUGUUCAAUAUAGCGCAGAUUAGAUCCAGAGCCGCCAAAAUUGCGGCUAUUGGCUAUGGCUAUUUAAUAAUAAUAAUGCAUUUUAUUUAUAAGCGCCUCUCAUGGAACCCAAGGACACUACAACAAAGAGAUACAACAACAAUAGAUACAAUCAGCAUAUGGUAAAAACAUGAAGAACAGUGUAGUUUGACUUAAAGUGAGUAGGCAAUCCUAAACAGGUGAGUCUUGAGUCUGGAUUUGAAGAUGGGAAGAGAGGCAAUAUUUCGGACGUCAGGUGGUAAGGAGUUCCAGAGUUUGGGCUUUUCAGCCCAUGGUGCUGAAGCGGAUGGAGGGGGCAGUGAGAAGGAGAGGAUCUGAGGGAGCUGGCUGGAGUGGCAAUCUGGAGGAGGUCAGACAGAUAAGGCAAAAUAUCGAGAUAUAUAUCGUGUAUCGUGACAUGGCCUAAAAAUAUCGAGAUAUUAAUAAAAGGCCAUAUCGCCCAGCCCUAGAUGAGGGUGAUGUGAUUUAAUGAUGGGGUUCUUGUCAUGAUCCAGGCAGCAGUUAUGGACCAGUUGGAGCUUGUGGAGAGACAAUGAAAAUGGAUAUUGUAUUUGUGAAACACACUGCUGAAGGGGAGGAGAUAGGUGAUGGAGAAAAGGGGCAACUGGACAGAGCCCCACACCUGUAGUGACUGGGGGGAGUUCAGAUCUAAAAGAUUUAAGCUGUAUGAAUUGUUUAAACUAUUUAUGAGGGUUCACUUAUUUUUUUUCUUCCAGCACUGUGAAUAUUUAAUGUUUGCCUUCAAUAAAGACACAAACAAUGAAGAUGGUUUUAGUGUUAUCAGCUCAGUGCAUUGUUUAUUAUUGUGACACAGAUGAAGACACAGAUGAAUUCCUUGGGAUUCCAGGAAUAUACGCUGUAUAUCAUAAAUGAGUUUACCUUUGUCAAGUAAAUGCUAAUAAGUUAAUUCUUCAUUGAAUGUAGACUUGCCUUUGAGACACUCAUGUACAGAUAUGCAAGGAUACAAAAGCUAAUAUCAAGCUAAGACCAAGUGCCGGUUUUACAGUGGAAUUUGUUUUAGUAUGUGAGUUUAUAGAGGUGGUGAUUUUACUGCAUGAGUGUAUUUUGGGCAAUAAUUUGUUUGAUUGAGUAAGCUUUAAGUCUCUGACCUGAACUUUAACAGCACUCAGAUCAAAUUAUGUAUUUUUCUCCUCAGGCCCAUAAUCAAAAUGGAUGGCUUUAACCCUUUUACAUGUGACUAUGAUUUUCCCCUGAUUUUUGUGUGUAACAUCAUUCUGUGACUUUGCACAUUUGAAAGGUAUCUUCAAGAAAACUGCUUAUAAAGCUUUAAACCUGUUGUAGUUAAUUAUUAGACAGCUUCAAAUGUCAGAUGUUAUGCAUACUGUGAUCCGUAUGUCAUUUAGAAGGCUUUUUGUUAACUACAUGCUUAUUUUUACUAAAAGAUGAUGGUAUAAUUUGAAGAAUAAAACGUUUCUCUCAAGCUUUACAGAGAAAUCUGCUCUUUAGCCUAAACACUUCUACAUUCUCAAUUGUAUAUAUGACUUUGUAUUUGUUUAAUGUGUUUCCUGUUAAUGUUGCACCAUUUUUAAUUUUAAUGCUACUGUAUCUGACAAUAAAAUGACUUUAUCUUU